AUUGCUACAACACGUAUUUUAUAGUCUUGCAAGUCCUUAGUUCAAUAAAUUAACUCCUUAAAUAAACUCCUCUUCUAUAAAUAAAAUUUCUGACUUUCUGUGAUAUAUUUAAAUGAGAGAGGUUUUCUAAUUGCUCAGCGAUUUUCAUAUCCCUUUUCAGGUGUAUCUCUACUUUUUCAACAUAUCAAAACUAGACAUGCUACAUCAGAGCCAGCAGCAAUUCCAGAUGUGAGACCACUUCUUUCCUCCUUGUGAUUUCUCAGUUUGUACAUCUGAGGUAACAGGAAAGUUGGGGUUUUUUUGGAGGCCACAUCUUGGCAGUUGGUACUUCACUAACAUUUUUCCUUUUCAUUUUUCGUUUCCUGGGAUAAACUCUUAUGUCAGGUAAGUAUAGCCUCCAGUCUUUGCUUUUAAAUUAAUGAGCUCAUCAAUGACCUUAUUGAAAUGCAUGUUUGCUUGCCCCAGCUGCAACAUGAUCAGGUCACCCUGUCCCAGUGCCUUCUCCAUGUCAUUAUUUACCCUUCCCUCGUGUCAUCUGUGAGGUUUAUCAGCAAUACUCUGCUUUCUUCCAGGCCACUGAUAAAGAUGUCAAGUAUUUUAGAGUCCAGGAUAAAUCCCAAGCAGACCCCAAAAUAUGCCUUUGUAAACAGUUACAUUAUGAGGUGGUGGUGAGAUAACUUCAUGUUCCAGAAAGCUGGGCAUAUAGAUAGAAAUUUCUUAAAUUAAAUGUAAUUUCUGAUUUUUUUUAAUUGAAAAAUUAAUGUUGCAUCAAACCCAAGAAGUUUCUUCUAUGACUGCUUUCACCUUUGCAUCCUAGUUUCUGACCUGGCUGCAAAAUUUCUCCCUGGCUGAGGAGUUGGUCAGAAGUCCUCAGAGGCGUGAAAGCCUCAGAUGUUUCUGGGUUUUUUUCUGAAUAUUUGCUUGUUUGGAGUUUUGUAAAACCAAGACUGGGUGGGCUGGUCUCUCAGGCAGGGAAGUUGUUAAUCACUUCUAAGAAUCUUCUUGUAAUUUCCAUGGAUUGAAGGAAACAGGCAGUUUGGGGCAUGGAGCCAGUGUUGCCAAUGUUAAUUUUUAACACCAAUUUUUGCAAUUUUCCCUGAACUCUUUUUUCCCCUUUACUUGGUGUUUUCUCAAGUCAUUCAGCCAGGCUGUCAUGUCACCACUUUUUACAAACAAUCAAGAGAAACAGAAAGAACUAGAAAGGAGGGUGUAGCCAGGUGAGGAUCAGCCUCUGCUCCCAGGUGAACAGUGAAGGAGGAGAGGACACAGUGCUGGGGAGGUUCAGGCUGGCCACGAGCAGGAGUUUCUCCACAAGAAGGGUGAGGCGCCAUUGGAAAGGCGAGGAGCCAUCGGGAAGGGUGACGAACCAUCGGAAAAGGUGACUUAUUGUGAACUGGUGGUGUGGAAGAAGCUGAAUGAAUGGAACAGUCAGGGCAGAAGGGAAGUUUGCGUUUCAUGCUCUCCACUGGCCACAGGACACAAACAACGCUGUGCCUCUGAAGAGACCUGGAAUCAUCAGAGCUGUGUGUCCUGAGGGACUCUGAGCAUCUCUGAAGGGUGCCAUGAUGGAUAACCGGUUUGCUACAGCGCUGGUGAUCGCCUGCGUGCUCAGCCUCAUCUCCACCAUCUACAUGGCAGCCUCUAUCGGCACCGACUUCUGGUACGAGUACCACACCCUGUCCGCAGCCGAGAAUGUUAGUGAGGCUGGUAGAAGCAUCUGGGAGGAGUUUGUCAGCAAAGAUGCAGAUGAGAAGACAUACACAGAUGCGCUCUUCCGGUGCAACGGCACGGUUGGAUUGUGGCGGAGGUGCAUCACUGUACCCAAAAACUCUCACUGGUACAGCCCACCAGAAACUGAUAUGACUACAAACUGCAUCAGUUUCUCCCUCUCUGAUCAGUUUGUAGAAAAGUACAUAGAGCCUGGAAAUCACAACAGUGGCACGGAUUUGAAUCGGACUUAUCUCUGGCGGUUGCAGUUUCUCCUGCCCUUUGUCAGCAUCGGCCUCAUGUGCUUUGGGGCUCUGAUUGGGCUCUGUGCUUGUGCCUGUCGCAGCCUUUACCCAGCCAUUGCCACUGGAAUCCUGCAUUUUCUAGCAGGGCUGUGUACACUGGGCCUCGUUGGCUGCUACGUAGCUGGGAUUGAGCUGCUCCAUAGGAAGCUGCCUCUGCCUGAGGACGUGAGGGGUGAAUUCGGCUGGUCCUUCUGCCUCGCCUGUGUGUCAGCACCUUUGCAGUUCAUGGCAGCUGCUCUUUUUAUCUGGGCAGCUCGCACCAACAGGAAGGAAUUCACCCUCCUGAAAGCCUACCGUGUGGCAUAAGUGCUGCUACUGCAGUCUGGGCUUUCCCUGUUAGAGCCUCUUUUUCCCCAGCCCUUACUACUUUUUUCUUUUAGUCAGAAUUUUAUCAUGUACUGCAUGCUUCUUGCCAGUCAAGACAAUUUAGUCUGCAGGCCUUGAAGACAAAGACCUCUGGGCUAAAUGAACAAAGCCUGCCAGCAGUCUGCAGAACUUGAACAGGUUUUCUAAUUGGGUUUUUUUAAGAAUUGUUAUUUUUUAAGCUACAUUUGGGUGUUGACAGUUCCCCUUAGUUAGGUGUACAUGCCCCUUCCUAAUUUUAUUACCCUGUCGGCCUGGAGGAAAUAGAAGUGGUCUUGUGGGGUGGAAGAGAGACAAGAAAAGGUGCAGGUACGCAAGAAUGGGAACCUCAGUGCGCAAAUAAUACAUAGUAAGGAGCUGUCUGCUGUAUGACUGAAGCAGGCAGUAACUACAGGGAGCACCCAAGAGACAUGAGGGAAUUCAGAAACCUCUGUUAUGGCAAUAUUGUAGCUAAAUUAGUCUGUAGCUCUGCUCUGGAUCUCCUAUCAUCACUGGUUUGCUGCAUUUUGUGGCAUCUGCCAAAACUGCUGGAGGCAGAGCAGGCAGCUGUGGCGCUGCCUGUACAGCACACCCUCCUGAAGGCACACUCUGGACUUGCUUCUGCCAAGGAGUAGGAUAAGAUGGCCCUCAUCCUGUAGCUCCACUGCUUCCAGGACCCAGGCUAGUUUGGUAUCUGCACUACAUGUGAUUGUGCACUCUAAUCUUAAUCUGUGGUGCUUUUACUUGAUGUGGAAUAAGGCUUUCUUGUCUCUUGUUGAAAAUGACCUCCUCACAAGUUUUUUGGUUUUAAUUUGGUUUAGUGUAUGUGUGUAUAUGUACAUAUAUAAACUUAACUUUUUUUAAACCUCACCUGUUUAUCCUAUAUAGCACACAAGAGGGUUUUUUUAAAAGGUGCUGCUCUUUUCCUGUCUUGUUUAAAUUAAAUAAUAAUAGUGACAAUAAAGACUCAGAAAUUUUCAGCAUUGCAUGAAUCUGAUGGGAGGGUAAGGGAAUGAUCUAGAGUAGAUUUUACUUGGGGAAGGAAGAACCAAUGUCUAGAUCACUCUCUGUUUCCUUGGAAAUGUCACCAGAAACAAUGACGUUAGAUCGAAUUUUUUAAAUUAAAUUCUUGAACUCCUGCUAACUUUAAA